GCCUAUGGAUUACGAAGCAGCAGCAGGGCCACCCUCUCCCGGCGGCCGCCGCCGCAAGCUGGGUGGCUGGAUCACAUUCCCCUUCAUCCAAGCGACGAUGGCGGGGUUGACACUUGCGGCGGGAGGAGUGGUUAACAAUCUGAUUGUUUAUCUGAUACAAGAGUUCAGCAUGAAGAGUAUAAGUGCAGCCAAAGUGUAUAAUGCAGUGAAUGGGUGCAUCACUAUUUUGCCCAUCUUGGGAGCAAUCAUUGCUGACUCUUUUCUUGGCUGCUUCUCUGUUAUCUGGAUUUCUUCUCUCAUCUCUCUCCUGGCCACUGUUCUAAUAGUGUUAACAGCAUCCAUUGAUUCACUGAGACCCGCAGAGUGCGAUGGAUCGAGUGGUUGCAUCAAGCCAACCACAGUCCAAUACACAGUGUUAUAUGCCGGUUUAGCUCUAAUGUGUAUAGGGGUUGCCGGCACACGGUUCACGAUCGCAACAAUGGGCGCUGACCAAUUCGACACCCCAAAGCAGCGACAAGUUUCCAUUAACUGGUAUGUUUUCACGCUGUACACAUCCUCCGUGAUAGCCUCCACGGCCAUUGUGUUCGUGGAGGACAACGUCGGCUGGGCGUGGGGAUUUGGAAUCUGCGUCGCGUUUAACGUUGUCGGCCUGGCUGUUUUCUUGUCGGGAAAGCGUUUCUACCGCCGUGUUAUGGCGCAGGAGAGUCCGUUUAUUGGCCUGGCUCGUGUUCUGGUGGCUACACUCAGAAAACGAGGAGAAUCGGUUUCGUCUGAGGGGGCGGUCUACUACCAUGAUCCCCAGGUUGAAGCUAUAAAGAUGGCCGCUCCUACGCCUACAGAGUUUCUCAAGCUCUUGAACUGUGCAGCAUUGGUCACUGAAGGAGAUGCUAAAUUAGAUGGUUCAAUUGCAAAGCCUUGGAGGCUAUGCACUGUUGAGCAAGUAGAAGAUCUCAAAAGCUUGUUCAAGCUUUUCCCUCUAUGGGCUAGCGGUUUAUGCUUAUCCACCCCACUGGUUAUCCAAGCCAGUUUAGCAGUUCUCCAAGCUCUCAAAAUGGACCGUCAAAUGGGGCCUCACAUAAAAAUCCCAUCAGGUUCUGUUGUCGUCUUCAUACUGGUUUCAACAAGCAUAACCAUUACCUUCAUAGACCGUGUACUCUACCCAUUAAUGGCGAAGUAUACGACAAGGUCCCUGACACCUCUCCAACGCAUUGGUGUUGGGCACGCUUUAAUACUUCUUAGCAUGGCGAUCUCCGCCUUGGUGGAGGCAAGGCGCCUUAAAGUCGCGGAUUCCAACAACCUCCAAGUCCAGAGCAACGGGGGAGUGGUACCCAUGUCAGUCUUCUGGCUAGUCCCGCCAUUAGCACUUGCUGGUGUUGGAGAAGCAUUCACCUUCCCGGGAAAUGUUGCGUUUUACUACCAGGAGUUUCCUGAGUCUCUGAAAAGCACAUCGACCGCUGUGGUUGCUUUGUUCAUAGGGAUAUGCUACUACCUGGGCAACGCCGUGAUGGAUCUGUUGCAGAGAGUGACAGGAUGGUUGCCGGACAACAUCAACGAUGGGAGGGUGGAUAAUGUUUUCUGGGCAUGUAGUGUCUUGGUGGCUGCAAACUUUGGUUACUAUAUGGUGUGUGCCUGCAUGUACAAGUACAAAGAUACUGAUGGGAAACAAAAUGAGGGUAAUGAGUAAAUGACCACAUCAAAAAUCCCAUGUAUAGCAGCAGUCAAGUCUGUAGCUAUUCUUCCUUUUCUUUGGCUCAACACUGUAAACACAAAUCAAUGGAAUAAUGACUUAAUACAAAUGAAUAUUUCAUGGUAAA